AUGUCUAAAGGACCAGCCGUAGGCAUUGAUUUGGGCACCACAUAUUCCUGUGUUGGAAUCUUCCAGCAUGGCAAAGUUGAAAUCAUUGCCAAUGACCAAGGAAACAGGACCACACCCAGCUAUGUGGCCUUCACAGACACUGAGAGACUGAUUGGAGAUGCUGCCAAGAACCAGGUUGCCAUGAACCCAUCUAACACUGUCUUUGGUAAGAGCUGCAACAUGCAGAAACCAGUUGACUUAAAUAUCAGUGAUCAUAGUGAUCAUGUGUUAUUCUCCACUCAUUGUAGUUUUAUUUUUCUAUUUUUGGAAAGGAUUAUUCUCAACACGUUAUUUAUCAACACACUGUGAAUAUAUGGUUAAAACCGACCCUUUAUUCCUUUUUCAUCUUAUUCAGAUGCUAAGCGCCUGAUCGGUCGAAAGUUUGAUGACCCUGUGGUGCAGUCAGACAUGAAGCACUGGCCCUUUAAGAUUGUGAAUGACGCAUCCAAACCCAAAAUGGAGGUUGAAUACAAGGGAGAAAUAAGGACCUUCUAUCCUGAGGAAAUUUCCUCAAUGGUCCUCACCAAGAUGAAAGAGAUCUCUGAGGCUUAUCUAGGCAAGGUAGAUGCCAAAAACUCUAUAAUGCUAUGUUUGUAAUAGCAAGUGGAGGUUUGCUUUUAUACACAAAAAAGUAAAGCAGUGAGAAGCUCUCAUACCUGCAAUAUUUCACAAAACCUUAUCUCAAAGUUGGAGCAAGCACUUCCUUGACGUUACCUUAUGACCCUGCUCUAUGUUAUGCAAUGCCUUGACAGAUUUCAAAAGCCUAUUUGUUUGAACUCACGAAUGACUUUAAUGACCCCAUGUCUAACUGUCUUUACAGUCUGUGACCAAUGCAGUUGUUACAGUUCCUGCUUACUUCAAUGACUCCCAGCGUCAAGCUACCAAGGAUGCAGGAACAAUUUCAGGGCUUAAUGUGCUGCGUAUCAUCAAUGAGCCCACGGCUGCAGCCAUCGCUUAUGGCCUGGACAAAAAGGUUACUGUCAAGUUAAACCAAAUAGAUUAAAUGAAGCAUCAUACAUGCAUAUGGAGAAAAAAAAGAAUCAUGUUUCUGAAAGCAAUCCUAACAUUUUCUUUAAGGUUGGAGGUGAGCGUAAUGUUUUAAUCUUUGACCUUGGAGGCGGUACUUUUGAUGUGUCAAUCCUGACCAUUGAAGAUGGCAUCUUUGAGGUCAAGUCCACAGCCGGGGACACUCACUUGGGUGGGGAAGACUUCGACAAUCGCAUGGUCAACCAUUUCAUAGCUGAGUUCAAGCGCAAGUUCAAAAAGGAAAUCAUCAACAACAAGCGAGCUGUUCGUCGUCUGCGCACAGCCUGUGAGCGUGCAAAGCGCACCCUCUCCAGCAGCACCCAGGCCAGUAUUGAGAUCGAUUCACUGUAUGAGGGAACAGAUUUCUAUACCUCCAUCACUAGGGCUCGUUUUGAGGAGCUUAAUGCAGACCUCUUCCGUGGAACUCUUGAGCCUGUGGAGAAAGCCCUGAGAGACGCUAAGAUGGACAAGGCCCAGAUCCAUGAUAUUGUCCUGGUGGGUGGCUCCACACGUAUCCCCAAGAUUCAAAAACUGCUUCAAGACUUCUUCAAUGGCCGUGAUCUUAACAAGAGCAUCAACCCUGAUGAGGCUGUGGCCUAUGGUGCAGGUAAAAAAAUCAACCAUUUAGGUUCACACCUAUUUUCUAGUCAUACUAUUAGUGUAAAAAAGCUUUUCUUCAUAAUCUGGUCUACAUAAAUGCUGUAUUAUUAUCAUGGUUUUAUUUAAACCAACUCAAACUCUUCACAGCUGUGCAAGCAGCCAUCUUGGCAGGUGAUAAGUCUGAGAAUGUACAGGACCUGCUCCUGCUGGAUGUCACGCCCCUCUCCCUGGGAAUCGAGACUGCUGGAGGAGUUAUGACUGUCCUUAUCAAAAGGAACACUACCAUCCCAACCAAGCAAACUCAGACCUUUACCACUUAUUCAGACAACCAGCCCGGUGUGCUCAUUCAGGUAAAUCUCUGAGCAAAAUUCCUGACAAAUUGAAAUCCACUCCCUGAGACCAUUUCAAUUAGACCUGGAUGAAUACACUCACACAUCACAAACUGAUUUGCCUAACUGUUUUCAGGUGUAUGAAGGUGAAAGAGCCAUGACCAAGGACAAUAAUAUCCUGGGCAAGUUUGAGCUGACCGGUAUCCCACCAGCUCCCAGAGGGGUCCCUCAGAUCGAGGUGACCUUUGACAUUGAUGCCAAUGGCAUUCUCAAUGUGUCCGCGGUAGACAAAAGCACUGGAAAAGAAAACAAGAUCACCAUCACCAAUGACAAAGGUAUUUUACAAUUUUAUCAGGAGGUUUUAGAAAACCAAGACAGGAACAAGUCAGGGAAUCAUUUAACUAUUAUUUAGAAUCAAGAGGCAGCAACCCACAUCCUGGCUUAGACUUUGACUACAUGAAUAUCUAGAUAAGUCACACAGGAUGUUAAAACCAACAUGUGCUGUUACUUGUGUUAGAACAGAUCACAAUCUUUUAGCAACUUCACAUGUGAUAAUGGGGGAAAGGGAGCUAAUGCCUGCAGCAUCUGCAUUUUAGGGAAGAUAUCUAUAGACAUAAAUCAGUAGAGGGCAAAUAAUCUUGAUGCAAAUGUUAGUGUAUUCAGGGGUUACUAUGAGGUCAAUGCAAAGCUGACUGUCUCUCUAUUUACAACCAGAGAUCAUUCCCACGCCUUUGUAAUGAUUAAACAGAGUUACUGAGAUUUAUGCUUUAUUCUACACAGGACGACUCAGCAAAGAGGACAUUGAGAACAUGGUGAGGGAGGCAGAGCAGUUCAGGACUGAGGAUGAGGCAAUGAGAGAGAAGGUCACAGCCAAGAACUCCCUUGAGUCUUUGGCCUUCAACAUGAAGAGCACUGUGGAAGAUGAGAAGCUCCAAGACAAGCUCAGCCCUGAGGACAAAAAGGCCAUUGUAGAUAAGUGCAACGAAGUCAUUUCCUGGCUGGACAAGAACCAGGUAAGAAUUCUCCAUCUGCACUAUAAGUGAUGGAGGUUCUGCUCUGACUCGUGGGGAGAGCAGUUAAGAAGAUUGAUGUGUGAAUAAUGGGUUAUUGUUGAUAUAGAUUCCUGUCAAAAUGAUGACUGCCCUGUUCCUUUUGUUAACCAGACGGCAGAGAAGGAAGAGUAUGAUCAUCAGCAGAAGGAACUAGAAAAGGUGUGCAACCCCAUCAUCUCCAAGCUUUACCAAGGGGGGAUGCCAGAUGGGAUGCCUGGAGGGAUGCCAGGGGGAAUGCCUGGUGGCUUUCCUGGGGGAGCUGGAGGUGGAUCGUCUGCUGGCCCAACAAUCGAAGAAGUUGACUAAAACCUAGACUGGCAGCAGACCCCAACGACGACUUAUGUUAAAAAACUUAACCAGAAUACCCAUCCAAAAACCAUUACCUUGCCUUUUUCAGUAAAAAGUAAGAGCAAGUAAACACUUUUAUUUAUUCAAGAUUUGUUAAUCCAGGUCAAAACUCUCUGAGAUCAAAAAUAUCUUCUUCACAAUGAGCGUUUACUCUUGGUUUAACAGGAAAGUAAACCACACAUUUUGUAGUAUAUCUAAAAGGGAUGAUAAGACACACUUUCAGCAAAUAAAAAUGCUUGUUUAAAAAACGGACCACCCCUCAUUUAAAAUAUCAACGUCUGACAAAUGAAAGAGUGUGUUUGUUGUCUUUUAAAUUUCAAUAAAGCUUACCGAUGGGAUUCUAAUCCUUGA